CUAAAGUGCAAAGAACGAACAUUAUCAUUAUCCACUGAAUAACGCGCAAAUACACGGUUCUCUCCAUUUCAUUUUCAAUAAAAGCUUUCGAUUCUAUUUGCACCAGAAAGAGAAAAAUAAAGUUAAAAACAAAAAUAAAAAAGAAAAGGAAAGCAAAAAAAAAAAGAAAGAAAACUUCCGAUUGACUUCAGAGCAAAACAGACGACGCGGAAGAGAUAAAACGACGGCGUUCUGAGCUAGAUACAGACUCGAAGCGAAGCUUAUCUGGUUCGUGAAUGGCGAUUCGAUCUCAGGCCAACCACUAGCGAUCGCGAUAUGCAGGACAUGGGUCACCAUCACCAUCACCACCAGCACAGCCCCAGCGAUGGAGUCUCGCAGCGCGUCAACAGCCCGCGAUUCUCCGGCCCGAUGACUCGCCGGGCCCACUCGUUCAAGCGCAACGCCAACAGCUCCUCGCAGAGCGGCACCAACACCGGCAACAAUGGCGGCGGCGGCGGCGGAAACAACGGAAGCGGAUUGAGUCCGCACCACGAGAUUGAGCUUCAGCUGAACUCGCCUAGAUCUGAAAUCGGCGGUAAUCUGAGUUCCGUCGACGGAUUUGACUCGGUUCUGGAAAGGAGGCAUAGAUUCGCGUUGAGGAAGAAAAUUGGAUCGGUGGUUGUGGAUUUAGGGCUUAGGGAAAAGAAGAAGCUCGGACAUUGGAUGUUCUUGGUGUUCUGUGGUCUGUGUUUGUUUCUCGGAGUGCUGAAGAUUUGCGCGACUGGUUGGUUCGGAUCCGCCAUUGAAAGAGCUUCCUCUGAUCGGGAUUCAACGGAUCCCAUGUCUGGUCUACUUGUGAUGGACCAAAGCUCCAAAGAUUACGUGUAUAGGGAGAAGAAAGGAACUGAUGUUGAGAGAACUCUAAUGAUGGUAUCAACAGGUGUAAGAGUUGAUAACCAGAAGAGCAAGGAUGAAUACUCAGGUAUCUGGUCCAGACCCAACAGUGAGAAUUUCACCCAGUGCAUUGACCAGCCAAAUAAUAAAAAAAAGCUGGAUUUGAAGACCAACGGAUACCUUCUUAUAAAUGCUAAUGGCGGCUUGAAUCAGAUGAGAUUUGGGAUUUGCGAUAUGGUUGCUGUUGCUAAGAUUAUGAAGGCAACUCUUGUCCUUCCUUCGCUUGAUCACACCUCCUACUGGGCUGAUGAGAGCGGCUUUAAAGAUCUUUUUGAUUGGCGGCAUUUCAUUGAGACAUUGAAGGACGAUGUCCACAUAGUUGAGACAUUACCACCUGCCUAUGCUGAUAUUGAGCCUUUAAUGAAAACACCAAUUUCAUGGUCUAAGGCUGGUUAUUAUAAGACAGAAGUCCUACCUCCGUUGAAGCAGCACAAAGUUGUCUAUUUCACUCAUACUGAUUCUCGGCUUGCCAACAAUGGCAUUCCAAAUUCCAUACAAAAGCUGCGGUGUCGUGUCAAUUACAGGGCACUGAAGUAUUCAGCUCAGAUAGAAGAACUUGCAACCACAUUGGUUUCUAGAAUGAGAUGUGAUGGAAACCCUUAUCUUGCUCUUCAUUUGAGGUAUGAGAAGGAUAUGCUUGCAUUUACAGGCUGUAGUCACAAUUUGACUGCAGAAGAAGAUGAUGAAUUACGCAAAAUGCGUUAUGAAAUUAGCCAUUGGAAGGAAAAAGAGAUUAAUGGGAUGGAGAAGAGGUUGCUUGGUGGCUGCCCGUUGACCCCUAGGGAGACUUCUCUUUUACUGAGAGGAUUGGGUUUUCCAUCCAACACCAGGAUUUACUUGGUAGCUGGAGAAGCUUAUGGAAAUGGAAGCAUGCAAUAUCUUAACGACGACUUCCCCAACAUCUUCUCUCAUUCGACUCUUGCUACAGAAGAUGAGCUGAGACCUUUCAAAAAUCACCAGAAUAUGUUGGCUGGUCUAGAUUAUGUAGUUGCUCUUCAGAGUGAUGUGUUUGUGUACACGUACGACGGGAAUAUGGCCAAGGCAGUUCAAGGACACAGACGCUUUGAGAACUUUAAGAAGACUAUCAAUCCAGACAAGAUGAAUUUCGUGAAACUUGUCGAUCAAUUGGAUGAAGGAAAAAUCUCUUGGAAGAAAUUCAGUUCCAAAGUAAAGAAGCUUCAUCAUGACAGAACUGGGGCUCCAUAUUUGAGAGAGCCUGGAGAGUUUCCAAAACUGGAGGAAAGUUUCUUUGCAAAUCCCCUCCCAGGAUGUAUUUGUGAAUCGGGGAGCGAAAAAUGAAAGAUAGAUCGAGUGUUGCUUCCGUUUUGUUUCAUGGCGCGAGCUAAGCUGCACGCAAAGCCUUACGGGAUUGCUUCACGAUUCAUUCAGACAUUGGCCAGCAAAAAUGGCAAAUCUUUCCAAACCCAGGAGAGAAUGGAUACGUUGGUUGGCAAAAACCAACUCACUUGUGUAAAAGUUCUUGAAGAAUGUCACGGAUUUAUACUAGAAGAUUGGGGACAUUGAAAUAGUAAUUGCAGGUCAUCACAUAACAAAUAGAUGUCAUUCACGUUAUAUAACUGCCAAGUAAACAUUAAUACCAACUUACCAAGAAUAGUCUCCUCUUCACCUACUCAAUCUAUUUUGUUUAUUAUUUUUUUCUUCAUUUUUGCGGGAGGAGUUAUAGCAUGUAAUACAUUUAUUGAAUUUGAAAUAAUUGAUGGGAAUACAAUGAG